AUGCUUGUCUUUGUGAUGGAUCUGCUUUUUGUGAGUAUGGCUCGACGAGCUUACCUGUUAGCAGGUGGCUGCAAAGCCUCGAACUCUACUUCUCGGACUCUGCCCCUUUCGACUUGUGGUUCAUCGGCCCUCCGCUUGUUCUUCUUCAGCCCUUUGGGUGGCAUAGGAAACGACCAUUCCACUGCUCCGAGGGGAAGUCUUGAUGACGGCCUCCCAUCCCAUCCCAUCCGUUACUUGAUCGGUUCAGCACAAAUUGUGCAGACAGCCUCGACGAUUUUGCUCUGUGCUCUCGCGUCCGCACGCGAAUAUUGUCUGCGGCAGAUUGGUCGCUGUCUUUCUUUGUGCUGUUUGUUGUCUUUUGUGCCAUUUUCUCUUGUCUCUUGUCUACUGUCCUUCGUCGACCUGCUCGACCAACCAGAAAGCAGACUGGGGUCAUUGCCUGUUUGCUAUUCACGGUGUACAUUUCUGCCAUCCACACAUCAAUGCGCGCGGGCACGCCGGCACGCUGGCACGCCGGCACGCUUGCACACUGUGCGUCCACGUCUGUCGCGCUGUCUGCCCUUUGCUGUCUCUGUUCUCUUCGUGACUCGCCUGCGCACGCACACCUGCUCAUGCGUCCGCCUGCCGCCUGCCGCCUGCCGCCUCGAGCAUCCUUCAAGUUGCCUGUUGCACGCGCCGGCGCUCCUUUGCCGCCCUCGUACGCGCGACACAAGCACACAUGCACACACUCGACUCUGCCUCGGUCUGUGUCGUUCUUUGGGGCAAAUCGCGGUCGCCGCCGCCGCUGCCGCUCGAUUCUUUCAAAUUCGCCCCGAAGGACGACAGGUG